CGAUCUCCAAUUUGCAGCUGUUCUCUCGCACCUCUCCCCUCCGGACCAUUUGGUUCAUUGACACCAUACAUGCACAUCAACAAUUUCCCUCAAAGUUCCCAAUCAUGGAGGACAAGGACACCGAACUCCUCUCUAGGGUCACCGCAAACCACUUAUUCCUUGGACAAUUCGAGCCGUUUCGGGCCACGCUCCGCAGCCUCCGUGCCCGGAACCCGGACAUCGCCCGGACCAUUCUACAAACGGUUAUUUCACAGGGCGGGUGUAUGGGUGUACCGGACCCGGUUCUAUGGUCCGAAUCAUGCCCUUCCCCUGCAAUCCUCACCUUCCUCUGCACACUCGAGCUGCUCCAGUUCCCAGACGCCACACUGAAUCUUUGGUCAUUCGGCCCGGAUAUGUUGAAAUUGAGGGCUGAAUUUUUGUUGUAUGUACAUAUUGUUAGUUCUAGAGUUUCGAAAACAGCUGUUGAUGGUGGAUACUUGGAGGGAACUGAGAAACUUGAUGAGGGCGGUGUGAAGAAUGAGGAGCUGAGAGUUCUGGAUAGACUUUCAGGGGUUGGAUUGAACAGAUUGAGGCCGGAUUUGAUUGAUUCAGGAGAUAAGGAGGAUGAGGUUCUUCCCGACUUGCUUGAAGAGGAGCUAAUGUCGUUGAAGGGGGUUAUUUUGGAGAAUUCCGAUAUUUUUGAUGUGAUGUGUGUGAAUAUUGGAGAGCAAGUUGGGUGCACGGGGAAUGAUGAUUCAGGUGGACUGGCGAUUGCUUUGAGAAAUGAGGUGAGGCGGCAGGAGGAUAGGAAGGAGGAUGAGGUACUCAAGUUGGUUCAGAAGUGUGUUCAGGUAGCACAUAUGGAUGCCAUGAGGCUGUGUUUGAAAAAUGGUGAUGAGGAUCGCGCGAUUUCACAUGUUAGGUUUCUUCGUUUAGACUGUGGAGUUGAAGAGGCAGAGUAUCGCACGGUAUUGCAAGAUCUCCUAAAAAAUGUGUUGUCUGGAAUGUAUGAUUAUGGAGUCACAACACAUGCCAUACGAAAUAAAGUUUUGUUGAUAUAUACUGAAGCUCUUUCAUCUCGUUGCGCUCGCCUUGCUCAAAUACUUCAGCUCAUCCAAGAUUACUUGCUCCUCCAAGAUAUUGAGGCCUACAGUGCUUCUGAAAGCAACAGGACUCCUCUUCCCCUUGAACAUCUUCAAAAGUUCUUCGCGCGAUUGACACCUGAGACCUUAUCGGCUGGCACACCUGAGUCGUAUAAAAUGGCAACAUCUGUUUGCAUGAGAGAAAUGUAUCAUUAUGUUCGUGUUCGAGGCUUGCAUGCACUGGAGUGCGUUGUGGAUGCUGCUUUAUCUCUCAUCCAGAACGAGCAGAUUCAAGAAGCCUGUCAGUGGCCUGUUUCUAUGGAUCCAUCUGAUGAAAAGGAAGCUUUAUCCCUACAAUUUCUAUUGACAUGCUUUGAAACUUCUUUUAGGAAAAUGUCUCAUUGCAUACGAUUGAAAUCAUUGGUGCUAAUGCUGUUCCCCCGUCUUCAACCCCUGGUAGCUGCCAUGGGUUGGGAUCUUUUAGCUGGGAAAACAACAAUGAGAAGGAAACUGAUGCAGUCUUUGUGGACAAGUAAAUCACAAGCUCUUCGACUGGAAGAGUCUUCUCCGUAUGAUAAUAAGCUAGAUGAGGCACCUUGUGUUGAACAUCUUUGUGAUACAUUAUGCUACCAUCUUGAUAUUGCAUCUUUUGUUGCCUGUAACAAUUCCGGUCAAUCAUGGAGUCGGAAAUCCUCCAUUUUAUUAUCUGGAAAAGACUUAGCAGCACAUGGGGAUCAAGAUGCUCACUUUGAUCCAUUUGUGGAAAAUUUUGUAAUUUUUGAUUUGGUUCCUGAGAUAAAGUUCCAAGAUGCAGUCGAACUGCUUAGCAUGCAGCCCAUCGCUUCAAAUUCAGCAGCUUGGAAGAGGGUGCAAGAUUUUGAACUUAUACACAUGAGAUAUGCUCUUGAAUCUGCUGUUCUGGCCCUUGGAGCUAUGGGAAAGAAUACUAUUGAUGGAACAGGAGACCAUCAGAAAGCGUUAUAUCACUUGAAAGCACUAAAGAAUCAUCUGGAUGCAAUUGCCAAUACUUCUCGCAAGGUAUAUAUGGUGAAUAUUAUUAUCUCACUCCUAUACAUAGACGAUUUACAAAUUGAUUUGGCGAUUUAUGAUCAAGUGAGAGGAAAUUCCUUAUCAUCUAAUGUCCAUUGUGGGGAACAAGAUGAUGUCACAACCCAUAAAGGGGGAAAUAAGAUGGUUGUCUUCUUUACUGGACAAGUAUUAGAUAUUUUACGGCAACAGCUACCAUCAUCAAUAUCCGAUCUGGAUAAUUCCUUGGGUGCUCUUAUAUCUGCCGAAAGUAAACAAGCAUUAGAAUGGAGAAUCUUGAAGGCAAAACAUUUUAUUGAAGACUGGGAAUGGCGGCUGUCGAUUUUGCAAGGCCUCCUGCCAUUGUCUGAACGUCAAUGGAGGUGGAAGGAGGCUCUAACUGUGUUCCGUGCUGCACCAUCUAAGCUUCUGAAUCUAUGCAUGCAAAGAGCGAAAUAUGACAUUGGAGAGGAAGCCAUUUCUCGUUUUUCUUUACCUCCCGAAGACAAAGCGAUACUGGAAUUGAGUGAAUGGGUGGAUGGUGCCUUCCAAAAAGCUUCUGUGGAGGAUCUGGUGUCUUGUGCUGCUGAUGAAACUUCUGUUCAAGAAUUGGAUUUCUUCUCAUUGCGCUCUCAGUUGGGCCAUUUGGCUUCUAUUCUUCUCUGCAUGGAUGUUGCUGCUGCAUGUUCGAAGCUGCCUAACGUGUCUCUAAAACUACUGAAUCAAGCUCAAGUUAUGCUUUCGGAGAUCUAUCCUGGUAGUGCUCCAAAAUCUGGAUCAACUUAUUGGGACCAAAUCCACGAGGUGGCUAUAAUAGCUGUGGUUAAGCGCGUCCUCAAGCGUCAGUGUGAAUUAUUGGAACAGGACAAGCCUUCAGCUCUCCAGGCUCUUUUAUCAGGUGAAAUGAUCCUUUCAUCACCAAAAGAUUCUUAUCGACAAGGUAACAGAGAUCGUGCUCUUGUCAUGCUUCAUCAAAUGAUUGAAGAUGCUCAUAAGGGCAAACGGCAGUUCCUUAGUGGUAAGCUUCACAAUUUAGCAAGAGCUAUUGCUGAUGAAGAAACGGAAAGGGAUCAUACGAGUGAGGCUAGUGGGGAGGGUUCACUUUCUGAUGUGAAGGGAUUACCUAUCCUUGACAGGAAUGUGGUUCUUGGGCUUGGUUUAAGAACGUUAAAGCAAUCACUUGUAACUUCAGAAGCAGGUGAAAGUAACAUAAACUCUGCAAGUUAUGAUGCCAAAGAUUCAGAAAAAAGGCUUUUUGGCCUUUUUGGUUCCAAGAUCACGACAUUCCUGUCACAAUUCAUUCUCCACAUUGCUGCAAUUGGCGACAUUGUUGACGGGACGGAUACCACUCAUGAUUUCAAUUAUUUUUCCCUAGUUUAUGAGUGGCCCAAAGACCUUUUAACUCGUUUAGUGUUUGAGCGUGGGAGCACUGAUGCAGCUGGAAAGGUUGCAGAAAUAAUGAAUUCAGACUUUGUUCACGAAGUAAUAACUGCAUGUGUACCUCCUGUUUACCCUCCGAGAUCUGGUCAUGGUUGGGCUUGCAUUCCUGUGAUUCCUACUCUACCUAAGAAUUAUACUGAAAGCAAGGUUCUCUCACCUUCUUCCAGAGAAGCUAAACCCAAGUUUUACACUCGUUCAUCUGCCACUCCUGGUGUCCCUUUAUACCCUCUUAAGUUGGACGUAGUGAAACAUCUUGUCAAGUUAUCUGCUGUCAGGGCUGUCCUGGCAUGUGUGUUUGGGAGUACUAUGUUGUACCAUGGCAGUGAUCCUGCUAUCUCUGGUUCAUUGAAUGAUGGCUUGCUGCCGACGCCUGAUGUUGAUAGGGUUUUCUACGAAUUUGCUCUUGAUCAAUCAGAGAGGUUUCCAACCUUGAAUCGCUGGAUACAAUUGCAAACUAACCUUCAUCGAGUUUCUGAGUUUGCUGUCAUGAUUGAACAUAGCAUGGAUGAUGUUAAAGACAAUUUAGAACCCAAAACUGCUAUGAAACGGUUUCGUGAAAGUGAUAGUGAUACUGAAUCAGAAAGUGAUGAUAUGGCUGGCAAUAACAUUCCAUCUUCUCUGCCAGAGGUUAAGGAUAAAAGCAAUUUGGCUUCUGAUGCCUGGCUGGAAUCUCCAAAGUCUGAAACUGCUGGACAUGAUAAUAGAGUUUUCCUGUCUUUUGAUUGGGAGAAUGAAGGACCCUGCGAAAAAGCUGUAGAGAGUGGGGUUGUGAGAAAUUCUAGGCAUCCUGGUGUUGCAUUUAAAAUUGAGAGGGGUUUUAAUCUGUUGGUAGAGCUUAGGAUAUUGAUUGAUGAAGGAAAAUUGGUGGAUGCUCUUGCUCUUUCUGAUCGCUUCUUGCGCAAUGGGGCCUCAGAUGGGUUACUUCAGAUGCUCAUUGAAAGUGGUGAGGACGAUACAUUUGCAGAACAGCCUCUAAGUAGUUCAAGCCUUCGUAUCUUGAGCAAUAAUAUUUGCAUAGAUGGGAGCUGGAAGCAGCUUUGGAUGUUCUCACUAUGUGUAGCUGUCAUUUGCCUGAUGGCGAUCCACUUAAAAUUGAGGUUGUUCAAAGGAGACAAGCCCUGUGUAGAUACAAACACAUUUUAUGUGCAGAUGAUCGCUACAGUUGCUGGCAAGAGGUAUAAUAUGCACCAAAUGAGUGAAGAAAAACUGAAAAAGGAUAGUUUGAAAUCUAAUUCUGCUUCUAUGCCAUGCAUUUCUAUAUUUAAUCAGGUUGAGACAGAUUGUCAAGAAGAUCCCGAGGGUCUGGCACUUAGAUUGGCCGAAAAAGGAGCAGUUUCUGCUGCUUUAGAAGUGGCAGAAAGUGUGAAACUUUCCAUUGAACUUCGUAGAGAACUUCAAGGCCGUCAACUUGUCAAGCUUCUCAAUGCAGACCCUGUAAAUGGAGGGGGCCCUGCUGAAGCGUCUCGAUUUCUCUCUUCUCUCCGUAAUUCUGACGAUGCUUUGCCUGUUGCUAUUAGUGCAAUGCAGCUAUUGCCCAACCUUCGAUCCAAGCAGCUUCUUGUGCACUUCUUCCUGAAGAGAAAGCAUGGAAAUCUGUCUGAGGUUGAGGUAUCCAGGCUAAAUUCAUGGGCUUUAGGUCUUCGUGUAUUAGCCGCCUUGCCAUUGCCAUGGCAGCAAAGAUGUUCGUCCCUUCAUGAGCACCCUCAUUUGAUUGUAGAAGUUUUGCUGAUGAGGAAGCAACUGCAGUCUGCAUCUCUGAUUCUUAAAGAGUUUCCUUCAUUGAAAGACAACAGCAUGAUUUUGUCAUAUGCUGCGAAAGCUAUUGCUAUCAGCAUGAGUCAUCCUGUCAGGGAUUCUAGAAUUUCAGUUUCUGCACCACGACCAAAGCAGAGAACAAAAACUACCACACCAACACGGUCAUCGUUUAGUAGCAGCCUGAGUCAUUUGCAAAAAGAGGCUCGUAGAGCAUUUUCCUGGACCCCUCGUAACUCCGGAGAUAAGGGUGCACCGAAAGACGGUCAUAGGAAGAGAAAGAGUUCUGGAAUAUUGCAGUCUGAUAAAGUUGCUUCGGAGGCCAUGACUGGAAUUCAGGAAGACCAUGUUUCAGUGUUUACUACAGACGGACAAGAACGACUUCCUUCUGUUUCAAUUGCAGCAGAAUGGAUGCUGACAGGUGAUCUCAAGAAGGAUGAACCUGUUCGUUUUUCUCAUCGAUAUGAAAGUGCCCCUGACAUUACUUUGUUCAAGGGAGUAUUCUUCCACGAUUUUCUUCCACCUCUCACUGAUGAAAGUGCAUCCGGCAAAGGUGCUUUGGACUUGUGCAUUAAUCAGAUGAAAAAUGUUUUGAGCUCCCAGCAGCUACCUGAAAAUGCAUCUAUGGAGAUCAUUGGCCGAGCAUAUCAUGCAACAGAAACAUUUGUGCAGGGUCUGCUUUUUGCUAAAUCCCAGCUCCGGAAACUUUCUGGGGUCAGUGAUUUGUCCAGUAAUUCAGAAAAAGGCCGGGAAGCUGAUGAUGCAUCUUCUGAUGCUGGUAGCUCUAGCAUGGGUAGUCAAUCAACCGAUGAAUUGUCUGAAGCACUGUCACAGGUUGAUAUGUGGCUUGGACGUGCUGAACUGCUGCAAAGUCUUCUGGGAUCAGGCAUAGCAGCCUCCCUCGAUGAUAUUGCUGAUAAAGAAUCAUCUGAACACCUUAGGGAUCGAUUGAUCCAGGAGGAACGAUAUAGUAUGGCUGUAUACACUUGCAAGAAGUGUAAGAUUGAGGUUUUCCCUGUUUGGAAUUCAUGGGGGCAUGCCUUGAUAAGGAUGGAACAUUAUGCACAAGCUCGCGUGAAGUUCAAGCAAGCUCUUCAAUUACACAAGGGUGAUUCUGCUCCCGUGAUUCUAGAGAUCAUCAAUACUAUUGAAGGUGGUCCGCCAGUUGAUGUUGCAUCUGUUCGUUCUAUGUAUGAACAUUUAGCCAAAAGUGCACCAGCGGUCUUAGAUGAUCCUCUUUCUGCUGAUUCCUAUCUCAAUGUUCUUUACAUGCCUUCUACCUUUCCACGGUCAGAGAGAUCUAGGAGGUUUCAAGAAGCAGCAAAGGACAAUUCUUCUCACAGCCUUGAAGAUGGACCACGCAGCAACCUUGACAAUUAUGCUCGUCAGCAUUUGCUGAGCUUUAUGUUUAAGCAUGGCCGAUAUAAGGAGGCUUGCUUCUUAUUCUUUCCUGCCAAUUCUGUUCCUCAACCACCUCAGCCUUCUUUGGGAGCCGUUACAUCGUCUUCUUCUCCUCAAAGGCCUGAUCCUUUGGCAACUGAUUAUGGGACGGUUGAUGAUUUAUGUGAUCUGUGUGUGGGUUAUGGAGCGAUGUCUGUCCUGGAAGAAGUUAUAUCAUCGAGGAUUGCAGUGACACAGGAUCAGUUAGUGCUCAAGAAUGAUCAUGUCGCCGCUGGCCUUUGCUGUAUUCAGCUGUUUAUGAACUCUGCUUCUCAAGAGGAAGCUAUAAAGCACUUGGAACACGCUAAGAUGCACUUUGAUGAAGGGUUGUCAGCACGAUAUAAGUUAGGAGAGUCUACAAAACUUGUCACCAAAGGAAUUCGGGGAAAAACUGCCUCUGAGAAGCUUACUGAGGAAGGAUUGGUUAAAUUUUCUGCUCGUGUUGCCAUUCAGAUGGAUGUCGUGAGAAGCUUCAGUGAUGCAGAGGGACCUCACUGGAAGCACUCUAUUUUUGGAAAUCCAAAUGACCCCGAGACAUUCAGGAGAAGAUGUGAAAUAGCUGAAACUCUAGUGGAGAAGAAUUUUGACUUGGCUUUCCAAAUAAUAUAUGAAUUCAAUCUUCCAGCUGUCGACAUAUAUGCUGGUGUUGCUGCAUCGCUUGCUGAGAGGAAAAAAGGCGGCCAAUUAACGGAUUUUUUUAGAAACAUCAAGGGCACCAUAGAUGAUGAUGAUUGGGAUCAGGUCUUGGGUGCAGCAAUCAAUGUCUAUGCCAACAAGCACAAGGAACGUCCUGAUCGCCUCAUUGACAUGUUGACAAGCAGUCACAGGAAAGUGCUGGCCUGUGUUGUCUGUGGUCGCCUAAAAAGUGCUUUCCAAAUAGCAUCAAGGAGCGGAAGUGUAGCUGAUGUUCAGUAUGUUGCACAUCAGGUGACAGUAUUUGCGGUUCACACAGCGGGUUGCUUCUACUUCUGGCUGGCCACACAUUACCGGGUCUCAGACGACACAUGGAUAGGUGCAAGCAUGCCCGAUUUCAAGACAAGGAGCGUAUGGUUAGGUUACACUUACUCCAUGUACUGGUCAAUCGUCACCCUCACAACAACUGGUUAUGGGGAUUUGCAUGCCGAGAACACGGGUGAGAAGCUCUUCUCCAUCUUCUACAUGCUCUUCAACAUCGGCCUCACAGCAUACUUGAUUGGGAACAUGACCAAUCUCAUAGUCCACACUUCUAUUCGCACAUUCGCCAUGAGGGAUGCCAUCCACGAGAUCCUACGUUAUGCGAGCAAGAACAUGCUUCCAGAUGGCCUAAAGGACCAAAUGCUAGCACACAUAACGCUUAAAUUCAAGACUGCCGAACUUCAGCAAGAAGAAGUGCUUCAGGACUUGCCUAAGGCUAUAAGAUCCAGCAUUGCUCAGCAUCUCUUUCGCUCUAUUGUGGAAAAUAGCUACCUUUUCAAAGGAGUCUCUGAAGACUUGAUUGUUCAGUUGGUACCUGAGAUGAGAGCGGAAUAUUAUCCACCCAAAGUGGAUAUAGUGAUACAAAAUGAGAUCCCAACAGAUUUCUACAUUAUAGUGUCUGGAGCAGUGGAUGUGCUGACAUACAAAAACGGAAUGGAGCAGUUCGUGACAAAAUUAGAGUCUCCAGCUAUGUUUGGGGAAAUUGGGGUGAUCUUAAAUAUUCCCCAGCCUUUCACGGUGAGAACAAAGCGGCUUUCUCAGGUCAUUCGGAUAAGUCACAAUCAUUUUAAGCAAUUAGUGGAGCCACUUCAUGAAGAUGGGAAGAUAAUCGUCUCAAACUUUCUUCAGCAUUUGAAAGGCUUAAAGGAUGACGAGGUAAAGGAGAUGCCAUUUGUCACAGAUUUGCUACAUGAAACAAAUGUUGAGGCUAUGGCAUCAACAGAGGACCUUCAAAAUCGUGAGGGAUCACGCCAAGAAGCAAACAGAAGCGCAAGAGUUCAUACACCAGCCAGGCUACCUAUAAGGGUGGUACUCCACGGGUAUCGUCCAGAUAUGAAACCAAACAAAGAAGACGGGGGACGACUUGCCCAUCUUCCAGACUCGAUAGACGAUUUACUGACAUUAGCAGGCAAGGAACUUCAGAAUGAAAGCAUAAGCCAAUGUAUCACACAGACAACCGUCUCUGAAGAACAGCUUCCUUGGAUUUCUCUAUCUCUUCCGUUAUGCCAGGAGAAG